UGGGCUGCUUCACCCCCCGCGCGCGAGUUACCCGGCCUUUCCUUCGGUGGCGCUCCCGUCGCCCACACUCUGCCCUCUGACUCGUUGUCAUUGUGUUGGAUUCUUGUGUUUUUUUUAUCGAGAGAGCUUCGUGGAUUCUGUGGGGUUUUCGUGGGUUUCGUGGGUUUCGUAGCCAUGGCGCAGUUUGAUCUCACCGCCAAAGUUGCGCCGUUCCUGGACCGGCACCUCGUGUUCCCUCUGCUUGAGUUUCUGCAGGACAAGCAGAUCUACAGCGAUGACCAAAUCCUGAAAGCCAAAAUCGAGUUGCUGGGCAAGACCAACAUGGUGGACUAUGCCAUGGACAUCCACAAGAGCCUGUACCACACCGAGGAAGUGCCGCAAGACAUGGUGGACAGGAGGGUAGAGGUAGUCGGUCGGCUUAAGAUGCUGGAAGAAUCAGCUUCACCACUCAUCAGCUUCUUACAGAACCCAGCUCUUGUUCAAGAAUUACGAUCUGAUAAGCAUUACAACCUCCAAAUGUUGCAGGAACGACACCAGAUUGGGUCUGAGCAAAUAGAGGCCCUCUAUCAUUAUGCCAAGUUUCAGUUCGAGUGUGGAAAUUACUCUGGUGCAUCUGAUUAUCUGUAUCAGUAUCGGACUCUUUGCACCAACAGUGAUCGCAGCAUUAGUGCCCUUUGGGGUAAGCUAGCUUGUGAGGUAUUGAUGCAAAAUUGGGAUGUGGCAACCGAGGAGUUGAAUCGGCUGAAGGAAAUUAUUGAUUCCAAGAACUUUGCUUCUCCUCUGAAUCAGCUGCAGCAGCGGACGUGGUUGAUGCACUGGAGUCUUUUCAUCUUCUUCAACCAUGACAGUGGAAGGAAUGGCAUCAUUGACUUGUUCUUCUCUGAAAGGUACCUAAAUGCAAUCCAGACAAGUGCGCAUCACUUGUUGCGCUACUUGGCUGCAGCUGCAAUUGUAAACAAAAGGAGGAGAAACAUGUUGAAGGAGUUGAUUAAGGUUAUUCAACAGGAGCGCUACACGUACAGCGAUCCGAUUACUGAAUUUUUGGAGUGCUUGUAUGUAAAUUAUGAUUUCGAAGGAGCUCAGAAGAAGCUUCGUGAAUGUGAAGAGCUGAUUGUGAGCGACUUUUUCUUGGGCAAACAAACAUCUGAAAACGGCUUUGUGACAAUUCCAUUACGUGAUGAGUUUAUGGAGAAUGCCCGGCUUUUCAUUUUUGAGACCUACUGUCGCAUCCACCAGUGCAUCGACAUCGGAAUGCUCUCUCAAAAGUUGAACAUGAACUACGAUGAUGCCGAAAGAUGGAUCGUGAAUCUUAUUCGCAAUGCUCGUUUGGAUGCGAAGAUUGAUUCGAAGAUGGGCACUGUUGUGAUGGGCACUCAGCACCCUAACAUAUACGAACAAAUUAUUGAGAAGACCAAAGUUCUUGGUCAGCGCAGUUAUGCUCUUACCACCAAUGUGGUGAUGACCUCUGCAGCUGUCACCGCAUCGGCCGCACGGUAAACAACACCAUCUUAGUUUCGGUGUUGUGUCAUCAGCAUUUACUGUGUUCGAACGGUUGAGGAUGUCAAAACUUGAUCAUGUUAGUAUUUUUUUGGCAUUCACCCAGUUUCUUCUUUGCGAGGACGUACUCAACCUCGCGUGAAUUUCUAGCACAAGUGGGAACAGGUCAAAGACGGUUGGUUGCUGUGAUUUCUAGGAGGAACUUGAAAGACUGGCUUAAUCAAAACCCCUUUUUGUGGACCUUUCAUACUUUGUUACAUUUAAUUGCCGAUCGUAGAUUUGUCAGAAAAUAUGCAACUUGGUUUUGAUCAGCAGUGCAUAUGAAAGCUGCCUUUUCAGUAGAGAUCUUCUAUUGCGAUCCCCCUCUGUAUUUUUUUUUUUAGUCCAAUCAGUUCAAUACUCACCUCAA